AUGACCGGUCAUAACUGCUGGGGAUAUGGGCAGAAAGAUGGACCUCCUGAGUGGUACAAGUCCUACCCCAUUGCCCAAGGAAAUCAUCAGUCUCCAAUUGAUAUAAUUCCCACACAAGCCAUUUAUGACCCCUGCCUGAAGCCCCUUAGCAUUUCGUAUGAAUCGUGCUCAUCCAUCGACAUCUCCAAUAAUGGGCAUUCAGUCAUGGUAGACUUUAAGGAUGUUGAUGACAAAACAGCGGUCAGUGGAGGGCCACUGGAAGAUCCUUACCGGCUGAAACAAUUCCAUUUUCAUUGGGGGGCAAGCCAAGACUCCGGAUCAGAGCACACCAUCGAUGGCAACCCUUUUCCUUGUGAGCUCCAUUUAGUUCACUGGAAUGCCAAGAAAUAUGUGACCUUUGAAGAGGCAGCGGCGGCUCCAGAUGGCUUAGCAGUGAUUGGUGUUUUCUUAGAGAUUGGAGAAGAACAUGCCAGUAUGAACAGAUUGACAGAUGCCUUGUACAUGGUCAAAUUUAAAGGAACCAAAGCCCAGUUCAAGUCCUUUGACCCAAGCAGCCUCCUGCCCUCUUGUCUCGAUUACUGGACAUAUCCUGGAUCCUUGACAACACCUCCUCUUAAUGAGAGUGUGACCUGGAUAGUGCUAAAGGAGACCAUCAAAAUAUCCGAUAAACAGAUGGAGAAAUUCCGUACCCUCCUCUUCACCACAGAAGAAGAUGAAAGAAUCCAGAUGGUGAAUAACUUCCGUCCCGCUCAGCCUCUUAAGGGAAGAGUGGUUCGUGCUUCAUUCAAGGCUUAAGGAGGUGUGCGUGCAUGUAGGAGGAAUAACAACUGAACCUCAAAACAUCCAAAGGGCUUCAAUAUUGGCAAACAGAAGAAAAUGGAUAAUAGACCCACAGCUUAGAAAACCAUCUCAGUGGACAUCCAAAGUAUUGGAUCUUAGCGUGUAUUAAAUGAAAAUAUAACGUACCAUGCCCGUGCUAAUCUGGGCUCCCUUUCUAAGUACUGAAAAUUGCUUUCUGUUACUAUUUUUCAAAAUAAUACCUAGGACAGUCCUUAUUUUGCAGUUAGGUCAUUAUCUUCCAAUGAGAAAAAUGGUGGGGGUGUUGUGUAAGGUGUCCUGGGAACAUUCCCCCCCGAAGGGUGGGAUAUAAACCCUUAAAUUAAUAUAGUGGUACCUCGGGUUAAGUACUU